AUGCCAGAAGGAGCGCGACCCAUAGUAGCGCCCAUCCUUGUGCAUUUUGCUUCGCCAGCGAGGCCUCGUCAACGCCCCGUCGCGCCUAUCUCUCGUGCUCCGUCAUCAACUGCCGCUGUGCUACCUCCAACCCCCAUCCGUGGCAUACAACUCCGAGUCAUUGCGUCGAUGCCCUCGCCGCCGCCUUCGUUAUCUCGGCAAGAGACCUUUGACGGAGAUGUCCCGUUGGCUGGUGCCGCUGGUCUCAGAGGAACGGUCGGAGGUUCGAAGGGGCGCAUUGGUGCAAGAAUGGGAGGCUCUGGAGGUCGCUUUCGAGCUGGCUUUUACUCCUCUACGCCUCGUACAUUACCUGCUGAGACAAUCUGGGGGGUAGGAACAAGCCCCUUGCAGCUCCAACUUCCGACUUUCCAUCUCGGCCCGUCCAUGACAGGCUUCCGGUCCCCUUAA